CAGGAACACGAGUCUCAGCUGGGGAUUUCGCACGCGAAUUAUUAAGAUUCGAGAGAGAUGGAGUCCUGCUUCGUCAUUAAGCGAAAGUCGAUGGACGUUUCAAAGCCAGUUUGAGUGCAUCAGCAUUCGGAUGAGAGUUGUUGGGAAUUGUCCAUUGCACUUUUCGCUGUGCACUAGUGCACGCUCCUUGGCAUCGGUCUGAUUCCCUCAUCUUGGACGUGUCUAAGGAAAGGAGUGAGUUUUGAAAAUUUAUCAGGAAUCAAGAUGACGCAGUUGAUCUAUAAAACAGUGGAUGGAACUCUUGGUGCUAGACUGGACAAAAUGUACGGAGUAAAAUCAAGUUUUCUAAGGGUCGAACCCUCUCACUGCCUUCUGCCACCUCAUUUCGUCUUCCUGGGCCAAAAAAUUAGGGACAUGGAAGUCUACGAAGAUGAUGUCUGGAUGGUGUCCUACCCCCGCACAGGUAGCCAUUGGGCCCAGGAAAUGGUCUGGUGUAUCGGCAACAACUUGGACUAUGAGAGUGCGAAAACUCCUCUGUUAAUUCGGAAUCCCCUUCUAGAGUCGUCGGCGUUGAUGGUGACGGGAAAGUACGUCGAUUUCUUCUCGCAGUUUGGAAAUUCUGUUGAGAAUGUGGAGAAGAUGCAGAGGCCCAGAUAUAUCAAGAGUCAUCUACCCUGGGAGCUAUUGCCUCAAGAAAUUUCCAAGAAAAAACCAAAGAUUAUUUACGUGGCCAGAAAUCCAAAAGAUACCUGCGUAAGUUUUUAUCACUAUUGCAAAUUGAUGCACGACUUGGAGGGAACAUUUGAGGAAUUCGCAGAACUGAUGGUGGAAGACAAUGCACCAAUGGGGCCAUUCUGGAAGCACGUUCUGGGCUUCUGGAAUCGCAAAGGUGGAGACAAUAUUUUAUUUCUCACGUACGAGGAUAUGAAAAAAGAUCAACUGGCAGCAAUAAUGCAAACUGCAGAGUUUCUGGAGAAGACAGUGACUCCUGAGCAGGCAGAGGAGUUAUCCAAGCACCUGGCGUUCUCCAAAAUGGCAGCGAAUCCAGCGAUAAACUUGGAGAGCAUCCUGACGAGCAACACUAACGAUCCUGACACGAAAUUCAUUCGAAAAGGUCAAGUGGGUGAUUGGAGAAAUCACAUGAGUGAAGAAUUGUCUUGUAGAUUUGACGAGUGGACUGAGAAGAAUACGAAGGGAACGGGCCUCAAGUUCGAUAUUAACAACAAUUAAAAAUUACCUGAUUCUCUUUUAUAUGUUUGAUGUUUCUUUAUGCAAACUUCUGCAUUAGAAAUUUUUAAAAACAUGUUCUAUUAUGAAUUUACCAUCGUUGUAAAUCAAUAACUGUCUAAGAUAGUAUAUUUUAUAUUUUUCUUCACUCAUUUCCUGUAAACAUUCCAAUUAAAAAUAUCUGAAUGACACUUCA